GCAAAUACAAAGAAGAAGACGACGACUAUGGGCCGUUUGUGGUCGAGGCAGUUGUGCUGGCCUCUAGAAGAGGACACCUGGAGGCGGUGAGGUAUUUGCACGAUAAAGUUUUUUAUUACAGUGACAGAUUCGAAACUUGGUGGAGAAUUCUCGAGGCGGCGGCAGCGCGGGGACACGCUGAGGUGGUGAAGUACGCGGUUGACUCGCUAUGUAGCUUUGGUGAAGGCGCGUACGAGGAAUACACACCAGAUCGAUCGUGGGACAAUUGCCGCGCUCUCGCUCUCGCGAUUUCUGGUGGACAUGUGGAGGUUGUGGACGCUUUGCUCCAUGGCAGCGCUCCCUGUUGGGUCUGGGAUAUUAACGGCGCGUUCGAGCAAGCCCUGAAGGAGGGUCAUGAAGACAUUGCGUGGAGUAUUUACGAGACGUUCCGUGAUAGGCUUUCAAGGUAUGGGGACGUCGAUCUGAUUGUCCAAAUGGUACGCGACGGUCACACCCACGCCGUCAAGAGCUUGUGCAAAACUGACUUUGGGAUCGAACUAAUCGGAGACGCGCUCAUCGCAGCAGUGCAAGCGGCUAAACCUAAGAUUGUGGAGUUUCUGCUUGGUACUGGACGUGUUCCGCCUGAUACGAUCGACUGGGCUUUCGAGGAAGCAGCUCGUUAUGGGUCCAUUGAUGCUGUGAAGUUGCUAUACAGCCAUCGGCGGAUUUCCCAGCAGGCAAUUAGCAAGGCGUUCGAGUUUGUGGGCAGUCUCGUAGUGCCCACAGCGUCGCCAAGAUCUGAAGACGACCCUCCCGACAUGUCCACAGAAGACCGAGUUGAGAUUAUCAAGCUUCUUUGCGACACGGGGUGCAUCCCGUCCGAGUUGAUCAGCAAGGCGUUCGUCCGCGCGGCCAGGAAGGGAUACACAAACGUUAUGGAGGCUCUACACGACGAUGAAUGUGUCGACUCGAUGGCGACCGCCAAGGCUUUUAUUUGUGCGUGCUAUCAUGGGCAUACAGCUAUCGUCAAAGUUCUG